UUAGAUACUACUAGUAAUUACAAUUUUGUUUCGGGUUGAUAAACCCGACCCGGGAAAAAGAAAGAAUGUAAAAACCCUUUUUCUGCUUCUCUAUCUCCCUUGUUAUGUUGAUUAGUCGCUGCCACGCUCAGUUGCAAACUUCAGUGACACACAGUUGUCGUCGCUUUUUCACAGACAUGGCAAGCGAGGGUGGCGGCGGCGCCGGGAAAAGCUUCGCUCGGAGGGAUCGUCUGAGGGAGAUUGAAGCCAAGGUUCAGAAAUGGUGGGAAGACGGCCAAGUUUUCAAGUCAGAACCCGGCGACGCGCCGCCGAAGCCCGGCGAGAAGUUCUUCGGUAACUUCCCUUUCCCUUACAUGAACGGUUACCUCCAUUUGGGUCACGCGUUUUCACUCUCCAAGCUCGAGUUCGCCGCCGCUUUCCACAGGCUGAGAGGCGCCAAUGUCCUCCUCCCCUUCGCCUUCCACUGCACCGGCAUGCCCAUCAAAGCCUCCGCCGAUAAGCUCGCCAGGGAGAUCCAGUGCUUCGGGGAUCCACCGGUUUUUCCUCAGGAAGAACCAGAACAAGAAGAAGCACCAGAGCAACAAGAUGAUGCAAAUGAAGGUGGUGCUCCUGGGAAAUUCAAAGGGAAGAAGUCUAAAGCUGCUGCUAAAACUGGCACACAGGUGUAUCAAUGGGAGAUUAUGAGAAGUGUUGGAAUUUCUGAUGAUGAGAUUUCAAAGUUUCAGGAUCCUUACAAGUGGCUUUCUUAUUUCCCUCCUUUGGCUGUGGAGGAUCUCAAGGCUUUUGGGUUGGGUUGUGAUUGGAGAAGAUCUUUUAUUACUACAGACAUGAACCCUUAUUUUGAUUCCUUUGUUAGGUGGCAGGUGAGGAAGUUGAAGUCCAUGGGCAAGAUUGUGAAGGAUGUUAGGUAUACCAUAUUUUCUCCUCUUGAUGGACAACCCUGUGCUGAUCAUGAUAGAGCAUCUGGUGAAGGUGUUCAGCCUCAAGAGUAUACUGUUAUUAAGAUGGAGUUGAUUGCACCUUUUCCUUCUAAAUUCGAAGUGCUGGAGGGGAAGAAGGUGUUUCUUGCUGCUGCAACUUUGAGGCCUGAGACAAUGUAUGGGCAAACUAAUGCUUGGGUUUUGCCUGAUGGGAAAUAUGGGGCAUUUGAAAUCAAUGAGACUGAGGUGUUUGUUAUGGCACAUAGAGCAGCACUUAACCUGGCCUACCAGAACCACUCUAGAGUCCCUGAGAAACCCACUUGCUUGCUUGAGCUAACGGGUCAUGACUUGAUUGGCCUGCCAUUGAGAUCGCCGCUUUCGUUUAAUGAUACCAUUUAUGCACUUCCUAUGCUGUCUAUUUUGAUGGAUAAAGGUACUGGGGUUGUGACCAGUGUGCCUAGUGAUGCUCCUGAUGACUACAUGGCCUUGCAUGAUUUGAAGUCAAAGCCAGCAUUCAGGGCUAAGUUUGGUGUGAAGGAUGAAUGGGUGAUGCCUUUUGAGAUUGUGCCCAUCAUUGAAGUUCCCGAGUUUGGAAAUAAGUGCGCGGAGACAGUUUGCUUGCAGAUGAAAAUCAAGAGUCAGAAUGAGAAAGAGAAGCUUGCAGAAGCCAAGAAGCAAACUUACUUGAAAGGAUUCACUGAAGGAACAAUGAUUGUUGGAGAAUUCGCAGGGAAGAAAGUUCAGGAAGCUAAACCCUUGAUUAGGAGCAAGCUUUUGGAAAUUGGUCAGGCUAUUGUGUACAGUGAGCCAGAGAAACGGGUGAUGUCAAGAUCUGGUGAUGAGUGUGUUGUAGCUUUGACAGAUCAGUGGUACAUUACAUAUGGGGAAUCAGAAUGGCAGAAGUUAGCUGAGGAAUGCUUGUCUAGCAUGAGCUUGUUUUCUGAUGAGACAAGACAUGGGUUUGAGCAUACUUUAAGCUGGUUGAACCAGUGGGCUUGCUCACGAUCAUUUGGUCUUGGGACACGCAUACCAUGGGAUGAACAGUUCCUGGUUGAGUCAUUAUCAGAUUCCACCAUUUACAUGGCUUAUUACACUGUUGUGCAUUAUUUGCAGAAUGGUGACAUGUAUGGCUCCAGCCAAUCUUCUAUCAAACCUCAACAGCUGACUGAUGAUGUCUGGGAUUAUAUUUUCUGUGAUGGGCCUUUCCCUAAGUCCACUGAUAUUUCAUCGUCACUUUUAGAGAAAAUGAAAAAGGAAUUUGAGUAUUGGUAUCCAUUUGAUCUUCGAGUGUCCGGUAAGGAUCUCAUCCAGAAUCAUCUUACCUUCUGCAUUUACAACCACACUGCAAUUAUGUCCAAGCAUCACUGGCCUCGUGGGUUUAGAUGCAAUGGUCAUAUAAUGCUCAACAACAACAAAAUGUCCAAGUCUACUGGAAAUUUCAGGACUAUUCGCCAAGCAAUUGAGGAGUUCUCUGCCGAUGCUACUCGAUUCUCUUUGGCUGAUGCUGGUGAUGGUGUUGAUGAUGCAAAUUUUGUCUUUGAGACAGCAAAUGCUGCAAUUCUUGGACUCACCAAAGAGAUUGCAUGGUAUGAAGAGAUUCUGGCAGCAGAAUCUUCUAUGAGAACUGGUCCCCCAUCUACUUAUGCUGAUCGCGUGUUUGCCAAUGAGAUUAACAUUGCUGUCAAAACAACUGAGCAAAAUUACUCCAACUACAUGUUUCGAGAAGCCCUCAAGACCGGAUUUUAUGGUCUUCAGACUGCUAGGGAUGAGUAUAGGUUCUCAUGUGGGGUUGGAGGUUACAAUCGUGAGUUGGUGUGGCGUUUUAUGGAUGUGCAGACACGUCUUCUGGCACCGAUCUGUCCACAUUAUGCCGAGUUUAUUUGGAGAGAGCUUUUGAAGAAGGAUGGUUUUGUAGUGAAGGCAGGCUGGCCAACAGCGGAUGCUCCUGAUCUUACACUAAAGAGUGCCAAUGAAUAUCUGCAGGAAUCUAUUGGUAUGAUGAGGAAGUUGCUUCAGAAGCAACUUUCAGGCUCAAAGAAAGCAAGUAAGAAAGGUGCUCCAGUUGCAUCAGUGGCAGAAAACAAGGUAACAGGCUUGGUAUAUGUAAAUGAACAAUUUGAUGGUUGGAAAGCUGAGUGCCUGAACAUUCUCCAGAACAAAUUUAACAAAGAUACUCGAACUUUUGCUCCAGACUCAGAGAUAUUGGAGGCUUUACAACAUAGUUCGGUAGGCCAGUCUUCUAAUUUUAAACAAACUCAAAAGCAAUGUAUGCCUUUCUUGAGGUUUCAGAAGGAGCAAGCCAUUAAACUCGGGGCUCAAGCACUGGAUUUGAGAUUGCCAUUUGGUGAGAUUGAGGUUCUUCAGGAAAACUUGGACUUGAUUAAGAGACAGAUAAAUCUAGAACAUGUGGAAAUUUUAUCUGCAGCAGAUGCUGAUUCUUUGGCGAAAGCUGGACCCUUAGCUUCUCUUCUAAAUCAAAAUCCUCCAUCCCCAGGAAAGCCAACUGCCAUCUUUUUAACUCAGUAGCUACCGGGUUGCAAAAAUACACUACCCAGGAGAACAUGCAAUGUUUAUCCUGAUCUGGAUGGUGCUUUGUUGGUGAUUGGGAAAGGUUGAAUUUUCUUGGGGGAUAGCAGAAGAUUUGUAAGGAAUUGCUGUUAUAGAAUCUGGUUUGCUACGCCCUAAUUCGCUGUUCCCUCUUUUGGGAAAUUAACAUUUUGUUUCUAAAGUAUUUUUGCACUGAUGAGUUAUUUUAUUAGUUAAGAGAAAUGCCAUUAAAUCAUAGGAGUCUAGAGUGAACUUUCAUGUCAUGUGGUUCUCCAUGAACUAUGAUUUUGUCCUGCAAGACUGCAAGAGCUGGUUUGCAUGUAGUUGUAAUAUUAUUUUCCUUAAUUUUUUACCAAGUUAACUGGUGAACUAGCAAUUUAACAAUAUAAUGAACCUUGUGCUCUUAA